AUGGAAAACUGGCAGGAGCCUGAGUCUCCGUCAGAUGAUCAGUUCAUCUGGUCUCCUGGAGACAAUGAGCCAGCUGAUUCGGAGUCUCACUCACGAGAGUUGAGGUUGAUCGUUCGUCUGGGACAGCCUUUCAGUGCACUGUUGCUAGCGCAGCAGCGUGGCGGGGAGUACAAGAGGAUUGCUUCGGAUAACAAUAUCAUCGCGCACGUCAAGGACAUGGCUUCUGUUCGUGACAUGAUGGAAGUCAAGACGCUAGAGAUAUUGCCAACUAUUAUCCAACUGAAAAACAGCUGUGGUGGAGCUGAGGUGUUGUUUGCACCGCCCCAGUCACUUGUCAUAUAA